GUUUUGGCAGGUGAAGGAGGGGCCCUGGGUGUGUCUCUGGACUUUGGCAAGGCCUUUGACACCACGUUUUCGUGGCAGGGGCUGAAGUCACCGUCCCUGGAGGGAUUUAAAAGCCGUGAGGAUGUGGCACUUGGGUGCCUGGGUUAGUGAAGGCCUUGGCAGUGCUGGCUUAGCCUUAGAAGGUUUUCCAACCUAAACGAUUCCAUGAUUCUGUGAUUUUAUUAUCCCCUCAGAGGAUUAAUCCCACCACUAAUGCAGCUUUUCACUCGCAAAGCGCUUUAGAGGAAGUUGUGCCAGGAGAGUGCUUGGAGAGAGAAACUGAAAGUGCUGAGCAGGAGGGAGCUGCCCUCCUGAUUCCUGCCUCUCCCAGCCUGUGCAGCAGGAGUGAAUUUCCCAGCUUCUUGGUGUAUGGGAGUAUUUUGGGGAAAACACCAGAGCUCCGUGACCGUGCAGCUUCCCAGGCAUUAAACCAGGGCAUUUCAGCUCACCCGCUGGUCCUUGAAAUCCAGGAGGAGCAGCCCGGCAGCAUCCCUGGUACCAAAGCACGGUAGCUGUUCAAGCUGACACGUUGGGUUUGCGUGGCUUGGCUGCGUUGCGGCGCCCGUGCAGCCUACCCAUGAGCUCAGACUUCCAGCAUUACAGUUUCAGGAUGCCGAACAUCGGGUUCCAGAACCUUCCUCUCAACAUAUACAUCGUGGUUUUCGGCACAGCCAUCUUCGUCUUCAUCCUCAGCUUGCUCUUCUGUUGCUACUUGAUCAGGCUCAGGCAUCAGGCACACAAAGAGCUUUACGCCUACAAACAGGUCAUACUCAAGGAGAAGGUGAAGGAGCUGAACCUCCAUGAGAUCUGUGCCGUGUGCCUGGAGGAGUUCAAGCCCAAGGACGAGCUGGGCAUCUGUCCCUGCAAACAUGCCUUCCACAGGAAGUGCCUCAUCAAGUGGCUGGAGGUGCGGAAGGUGUGUCCCCUGUGUAACAUGCCGGUGCUGCAGCUGGCGCAGCUGCACGGCAAGCCGGACCCGGGCCCGCCGCAGGGGCCGCUGCCCGGCUCGCAGAACAUCGUAUAGAGCAUCGUCCGUCCCGGGCCGGGCCCGGCCGCGCCCGCCCGCGGCGCUCGGACACAACCAAAGCACUUGGGCCGCAGCGGAGCGGCCCCGAAUCCCGCCGGGAUGAAGCCUGGGCUCGGAUCCUCCGCCAGGGCCGGGAGGGGACUCGGCGUCCUCGGCGUCCUCGGCACGACCUCCUUCUUCCAGCACCUCCCUCCUGCAGCCCCGCGGCCGCCGGGAAGCGAAGGGGGCACCCGGCGAGCUCCGGGAGCUCCACGGCCCCGAGCUCCGGCACUGCUGCCCCGAGCCGGGCGGGCCCCGAGCGUCGCGGCCGGUUCUGCUCCCUCCUCCUCGCCUUCGGUUCCUUCGCCUUUGCGGCUCCCGGCAGGAAAGGGCUCUCACCCCUGGAGUCGGGUGUCCCCUCGGCACCCGCUGUCACCCCUGGUGGUGGCCGUGCGGGGUCUCCCGGCUUUGGAUUCCCCUCACCCUCCCGAGGGUGGCUGUCCCUCCUCCUCGGCUACCUCAGGGGCCUGGAGCUCCUGGAAGGGGAAGCGAGAGCCACGGCGCGGGGGCAGCGGCAAUCGCGGCCGGGCAGCAGCGAUCCCGGCCGAUCCUGUGGGAUCAUCCCGGCCGAUCCUGUGGGAUCAUCCCGGCCGAUCCUGUGGGAUCAUCCCGGCCGGGCUGCGGCAAUCGCGGCCGAUCCUGUGGGAUCAUCCCGGCCAGGCAGCAGCGAUCCCGGCCGAUCCUGUGGGAUCAUCCCGGCCGAUCCUGUGGGAUCAUCCCGGCCCUUCCAGCCGGGCUCUUCGGGUUCCCCUUGCCAAAACACCCGAACCCCAUCAGCGCCUGGGGGAGCUGGGCCACCCCCUGGCCUCUCCGGGUUUUUGGUGUCCCCUGCUGUCCUCAGCUGUCGCAUUCCCGGGGUGGGGAGGGGGUGUCAGUAUUCCCGGGGCAGGGCUGGGGGGGCUCCUGGUGCCGUCCCCCCUCCCUAAAAAAACCCGGGACUGUUUAUGGAGCGUGGAGCCUCAUAGACGUGUUUGUACACUACAAAUUCUGCAGCAGAAUAUUUUUUAAAACAUU